AUGCGCCUCACCUACAUCCUCGCCGUCGUAGUUGCCGCUACUCUCCACGCAAGCGGCACCGCGCUCCCGACCACCAAGGAUUCCAACCAGGCCGCGAUCUCCAACGUGGCGUCAGCUGGCAUCGUCCCCACCGAAGAGAACGGCGGUCGGAUGCUGGUCGAGGAAGUUAAAGAGGAACGCGCAGGCGGAGCCCUUGUUAAGUGGUUAAAGCAGCAAGGGGAGAACCUGAAGUUCCACAUCAAGAAAUACAUGCCUGGAACACACGAGAACAAGCUUUACACGGAUGUCCAGCAAGGAAAGAGAAACGCCGAGAUGCUGAAAAGGCGAGACUCAGGGAUCCGCGCUGCAAUGGGAAACUGA